AUAGAUGCGCUUAUACGCACGUCUGUGUAGGAAGUGGACUUGGAGCACAUCCAGACUUCGACACAGACGCCGUGUGAUUUUCAUUUUGGGAAGAUAGUCUGAGAUCAUAUCCAGUAUCGCACACAGGCGUUGAAUUAUUGGGCGAAAGAAGGUGACUCGGGAGAGGAGGAGCGUUGGGCUGAGCUAAACGCCUCUGAGUAGCUCAGCUCGCUUCAGUGCAAGCAUGGCUGGCGACAGUGAGAGACAGUUGGAGGACCAAGGCGAAAACGAGCAAGUAAACCGGCAGCCUUUUCUCAUCGGCGUCGCCGGGGGCACUGCCAGCGGCAAGUCCUCAGUGUGUGGGAAGAUCAUGGAGCUGCUUGGACAGAACGAGAUUGACCAUCACCAGCGUCAGGUGGCCAUCCUCAGCCAGGACAGUUUCUACCGUGUGCUGACCCCUGAGCAGAAGGCCAAAGCUCUCAAGGGACAGUUCAACUUUGACCACCCAGACGCUUUCGACAACGAGCUGAUCUUGAAGACCCUUUGGGAAAUCAUGGAAGGGAAAACGGUGCAGAUCCCCGUGUACGACUUUGUUACCCAUUCCAGGAAAGAGGAGAGUGUGACGGUGUACCCGGCUGACGUUGUACUGUUCGAGGGGAUCCUGAUGUUCUACUCCCAGGAGAUCAGGGACCUGUUCCAGAUGAAACUGUUUGUGGACACCGAUGCAGACACACGGCUGUCACGGAGAGUGUUGCGGGACAUCAGCGAACGAGGGCGCGACCUGGAACAGGUGCUCACCCAGUACAUCACCUUCGUCAAGCCAGCUUUCGAGGAGUUCUGCCUGCCAACAAAGAAGUAUGCAGAUGUGAUUAUCCCACGCGGGGCAGAUAACCUUGUGGCCAUAAACCUCAUUGUGCAGCACAUCCAGGACAUUCUGAAUGGCGGACUGACAAAGAGACAUAACGGCUGUCUGAAUGGGUACAGCACGCCUCGGAAGAGACAGGCCUCGGAGUCCAGCAGCCGGCCACACUGACCUCACAGCAUCUCUCUCUGAGAGAGCGAGGGAGAGGAGAGGAGGGUGGAGGGAUAGCUUUGUACAUAACCGCCAGUCAGCCACACUGUAUUUAGUGAAAAAAGAAAACAGUAAAAGGCCUUUAAUUUUUAUUUUUUAAAUGAAAAAACCCUAGUACUUGGACAGCUCUAGGUCAAAGACAAAGUGACUUGCUUCUGAUUUAUUUUUGGUUUUUGCCUUUUCUUUGUGGUUACAACAAUGGAUUAGUUGGGAGGAAUGUUGGGUGAGCUGGGUAGCAGUGGAGCCUGGCUGCUUAUGGCCCAGUCUAUGGCCCAGCCUGCUAUAUAUUUUUUUUUUACUUUUUGUGAACAGUGUAGACUAAAUGCACCAACACUAAUAUGCUAUACACUUUCACUGUCCUCUGUUGCUGGUUGCUGAGAAAAAGCUUUUUUUUUUAGUCUAAGCUUGAAAUUUGGGUUGGGCGUUAAACUUGUUUUCGGGUACUUUGUCGCUACCCUUUCUUCUGAAGGUUUGUGGUCAACAGCAUCUGCGUCUGUCCCUGCCAGCCUCUUGUCACAUGCUCUUGGCUUUGCCUGCAGUCUGCUAGUGUGGUCUCGCCCUGGAGUGUGCAAAGCUUCGCCUUCCAGGUUGCUUCUUAAUGAAUUUUGUUCACGUUCGGACAAAAGAGGAACAUCCAAAGUCAGAGUUCAGUCUUGUUUGUUUUUUUUUGGAGACAAAGGAGGAGUCAGUUUAACCUGUGAAGAUAACUGCCCAUCCUUCAUUGAAGAUCUGAAGGCCAGCCCAGUGCCCUUUUAUGCAGCCUUACAGUUGAGUGGAAUGUGACAGCUUCUCCUUUUCCUAGGUGUAGACAAUGACACUAGCUUCAGUCUGCCCAUUCAGAGCAGUAUUGUCUGAUUGUUAAAGACCAUUGUGAAUCAAGUGUUUGCUCUGGCUGUCUACAUCACAGCUGAGCCAGGUAAAACAAAGUGGAAUCUAGUCCAUGUAAAAUUGUGCUGUGGCCUUUUUGGUGUGGCAGACUCAUCUGCUGGGACCCGCUUCCUAGAGAGCAGGGGAAAGGAGAGCUUCACUCGUCACAUUAAGUAGUCAUGCCUUGCAGUUGCAGCUUUCGAAGGCACCUCUCUGUCUCCAGGUGUCCCAUUAACAGUACCCUGCCGACAGUAAAAGUCCUGACCCCUCCAGGGUGAGGCAUAGUGGCUUAUUCCAGCUAUUAUAUUAUGAUAAAACUCCAAAACGGGAAUCAAGAUGGACAGCCAAAUAGUGGUUGGGUGGGGGGAGAUGUACUAAAUUACUCAGGGCAAAGGGGCAACAGGGUCUGCAACUCUGGUCCUGGAGAGGAACGAUUUGGCAGGAAAUUGGUCAAAUGAAAUCACUCAGAAAAUAGGGAUGGAACCAGAGGCCGGUCGCUGUCCAGGACCAGGUGUUCAGAGAUCUGUGCUGGUCUCUGGUGAUUUGGUUGUGAGGUUAUGAACCCAGCUGUUCUGCAGAUAGAGCGGAGGUUCUGUUUGCACCAUGGACAAUAGAUGCCAUGGAUCUAAGUCUUCACUUAGUCUUAUCCUCUUAUAGCUUUUACAGCGACCACGUGGAUGGUAAUUUGAUCAAGCAGGGUGAUUUCUGGUUGUUCUUCUAUACAACACGGUAGUCCUGAUGGUUUUCAUUAAUUGGACAGACCAGACCCAGGCCCCUGUUAUCUACUCAGGACCACAGGGGUUUAUGUCUUAAGUGCAUCAACAUCAGUGUGCAGAUGUGCCAUAACUCCAUUGCUCAGGACUGAUGUUGCAAUGCAUGUCACCAGACUUGGUUUCUCUCAGUAUUAUUAAUAGUUUACAGUUUCAUAUUCAAGCUCCUCUGCAGUCAGUCUGCAUUUCUGCCUUAUCUGUUUAAACCCCUUUGUCAUCUGACUAAAGCAUUCUUUGAAAAUUGUUCGACUCGCCAAAAAUGUCUUCUGGAAUGAACUGGAAUUACAAGUUGGAAUUUCUUACUGGUUGCUUACACUGGCCAUUGAAAGCCAUUCAAAGCAGGAUAAUCACCCUUAUUUUUUAAAGGGUAAUUCUUUAUCUAAUCAAACUCUGGUCAGUUUUCACUUUUUGUGAUGUUUUUAUAUCAGUUCUGUGUUUAAAAACGCACAAAUGUGUGACCCCCCUCAGAGGAAAGCUUUCCUUGACCUCAGUUUGCAUUUAAUAUAGAUUUCACUUAAGGUAUGUGAUGAGAUAUUUUGACGAAUGUUGCUCCUGACGAGUUUUCCAGGAUCAUGAGAGGCCCUAGGUAAUUUUUGGAAUUGGUUGCAGUAAUUUUAGUCCUUUUUGAUCCUGACUCGAUCCGAUAGUUUGUCACAGGCUCGCGUGAAAUGGUUGGUUUUAUACCCGGCUCUGUAAUAUCACACAUCCAAACAGUAUGUGAUGUUAACUAUCAGGAUGUCAUUUUAAACUCGAUGAGGAAUGUCCAGCCGAGUACAGUGGUGAGGCAAAAUGCAGUUUUAAGAGGUUAACGAUGCUAUGGGGAAACUAUGGGAAGAAGCAUUUGGGAGUUAUGAGAUGAACAUUUCAUAGUCUUUUUUUCACUACAAAAAGCUAUUCUGGUGUAAUUGCUUUAAACUCAGAUUUAUUUUUCUUAACUUCAGGUUCUGCUGCUAUAAACCAGGGUAGGUUAUUGAUUCUUACCCACAGCCAGGUUUAAACAGAGCACUGUGGUUGAACUGUAUUUGUAAUAUGUGUUGAAGUGUCGAAUGUUUGCAUAAGAAUUCUGGUCUCAACCAUUUCUUUUACAAAUGUGUGGGGGAGGAUAAACAGAUUGAGCCCAGUGUAAUACGUGAGCAAAAGGCUUUUGUCCCUUGAUUGUAUAGGACCACAUACAUAAAGUUGUCAUUUCUGUUUCUAUACUGAUUUUACUUAAAAACAUUUGGCAAUUGUUCUCAAAAGUAGAGUAUUAAACAAUCUCUUUUUUUUUUCUAAUCAUUAUUCCCUUUUGUGUUAUUGUUUUAUCAUGGGGUAACACUUUCCAAGUCAUUCUUACUCAUCUGUGAAAAGAACACUUAUGCACCAGAUUAGCCUCAUCCAAACUGUGGCCUCUAUCAGUGUCAGAUAUGCAUAAGUGUAAAAAAUAUAUUUGGUGUCAGUUUUAGGAGUCUGAGUUUUAACCCUGUUGUGCGAGUGUUGCAGGUUGUAUAAGGACAGAUUUGCAUGGGGCUGCUUCAAAUUGCAUGAAACAGUGUAGUCAAAAAAUUAAUUUUAGGAGGUCACUCUAUACGCAUCUGUAUAAUUUGAGGGCUGCAUGCCUCCUUUUUUUUCCCUUCAAAUAAGGAGGAUAGUUUUUCAGUAGAUGUAUGCCUAUAAUGAUAAUGGUUCAGCAAGAACACCUUUUAAAGUGAUAUUUACAGAACGGCAGCACACUCCAUCAGCUAGUGUUGUGUUUUUACUGUUAAGGAACUGGACAUGUUCCUUACAGAGCCCUUUGUCAUUCACUUUUCCCUGAGAGGGGACUGUAGUCUCCCAGAUUUCUGAACUACGUUAAGGCAAGAGAGUAGACAAUGAAAUGAGUUGUGAAUUAAUGUGUUUUUUUUUACAUCCCAAUACAUUAGUGCUGAUAUCUGUUACAAUGUGUAAAUGCAUACUGGUUGAAUUAGCAUUUUAAGUACACUGCAAUUAAACAUUUGGUUGACUAGUUUUGCCAGUAGUGGUGACGGUUUUGUGGGCGUGCUGAAGUGAAUCUGUUCUUCAGUGCUUCAGACUACCAAGAGACGAGACGAAUUACGCCUUACAAAAUAUUUUGUGAAUAACAAACCAGGUACACCAUAGCCAAGCAAGGAUGAGUAUCCCAUUUUUGGUUUUCUUCAGCGCAUAGUUACAUGUGUGAUUAACUCUGCACUGGAGUGUUAACGCAAGCUCUGUAUUUUGUAGAACUUGGUUUUCCCGUAAUGUUCAAUCGGUUCUUGAUGUCGCAGUAAGCAGGCUAGUAUUUGUAUUUUGUGUACAGGGACAUGUGUCCCAUAUAUUGGCCAGGGAGAAAAAAAAAUGUAACAUUAGCUUUGUUUGGCAAAAACCUUUGAAAAGUUGCCUCAACGUGAAACCUCUGGUACAACAUAUCCUCACUUUUCUGGGUGCAUUUUUUUUUCUAGAAAUCAGUGUACAUAAAUAUUUGUGGCAAUGGUUAUAUGUGUCAUUUAAUAUUCUCAUAAAGCUUUUCUUAUAAAGAGCUUUUCUGGUGCAAUUAAGAAAACUUAUGAGAAUUUGUACCUCCUUUGUGUUGGAUAAUAAACUGUUCUUGGUGCUGGCUGAGACUCCUGGCUAUGGGGGAGGGUUGGUAGGGGUGCAUCUGCAAGCAAUAGCACACUGUCAGCUUUUUUUAUGCAGCAACUAGUUGCUACCCUGCGGCCACCAACAGCUUUGGAUAUCAAAGCCAAAAAAACUCUGCUGCUGCCGGCUAUAAGUAACAUUUCCUUGAUUUAUAAAGACUGUGUUCGUGAAUGUGCAGGCAAUCAUGCUGUGAGAACAUGCUAGGGAGCAAUAUGCAGGGACAGUUCUGGGACCCUGAAGCUGACAUGGUAGUGGUAGCAGAGAAGACCAGAGGACUGAAUUGUUUUGUCCUGUAUGAAUGUCUGCACUCCUGAUUUUAGCUUUAGGGUGGGGUGUGCUGAAGUGGCUUUCACUGUGAAAAGCAGUGGCUGCCCCGAGUAUUAAUGGGUGGCUUUGAUCAGGAAUGCCGAGUUUUAAGUGUUGAAUCUUCCUCAUGAUGACAUGUUACCCUCUCCCCCCACCCCCUGCUUGUACCAAUGUAUUAUAGUGUAAAUGGAUUGUAAGUUUAAAGAUGGGCACAUACAGGGAGCCAAACUGUAACACGUCAAGUGUAAUUAAACAACAAAAAAUAAAGAUUUUAUACAAAUG